AUGGAAGUUGGUGCAACAUUUACUCCCCGUAAAAACAAUUCCAACCGAUUUUGUUGUGUUUAUGGGUGUACUUCACUGGCUAGGAGAAAUCCAGAAAUUAAAUUUGCUACAUUUCCUAAAAUUACUGAUGCUGUAAGAAGAAAAAAAUGGAUCAAUGUUCUGAAAAUGGGAAAAAAAGUUACAGAUUCUAUGUCUGUUUGUUCUUUACACUUCAAACGAGAUGAUUAUAUAAAUUUGCUAUUGCAAAUUGCUAUUGCUGAUUCUUUAUUUUUAUUCAAUAAUAUAUGCUGA